UUUGUCCGUUUGUUUUUUAUUUUAACACGCAACAGUAACGGUAUCCAGGAGCUUAAAUACACACUAUGCAGUAACUUUACCUAAAUAUAACAGCUUCAAAGUUAUUUCAGUGGUAAACAAAGUCAUAGUAGGCGAAUCAUCCUCCUGUGUAAGCUCUGCGAGGACGCCGCUAGAAAACAGCAACGCAAGCUUGAGAGGAGCGCCCCUGACAAAUCUCGCGAGAAUCACGACUUGCUUUACGGCAACGACGUCACACCCACAAACAACAACUGCACGCACGAAUUUGAGACGUGGUGCUCGACGAUGGAAAAGGUUAAGAAUGCGCGUUCGGUCGAGAGUAGGGAAAGGAAAAGAGAAUCUGACCGCGUUAGGAAUCGCACAAGAGUCCCACUCGGUCAGACUUUUACUCGUUGGCGUGAGCUAAAAGACCGCACUGGAUGCAACAGGGAUGCUGAUCUGGCGAUCUUGUUGAUGGACUAUUUUGAGAAGAUGGUCAUAAAAGAGGAGAAGGAUGAGAUGUUCUGUAAAUCAGUAGGAACUGAUCUGUCCAUGCUGGAUAUUGAUGAUUUCAUCACAGAAAUCUCUCAGCUGAAGAAAAAGGUGGCGUUACUGGAGACAAAGCUGAGAUUAAGAGGAGAUGAAGGACUGAUGAGAGAGGAUGUGGAUGUGGUUUGUUGUGAAUCUUCCACACAGGACUCCGAGCUCAGUCUGACUUUACUCUGUUAUACUGAGUCAAAGCACACAGACGCUCAGGACACUACAGUGUGUGACAGUAAUCAGGACUUACAGGAUGAUGAAUCUACUGAUCAAACCUCCACAGAGUCUCUGGAUUCUGUCUGUAACGCUGGAGAACAGCAGCAGAUGUUACAGAUGUGUUCAGUCAAACCGAUUGACCGUGGGAACCAAACGGAGAUUAAAAUGGAACCCUCAGAAAUUGAAAUAGAACCCACAGAAGAGGAACAUUACACUGACGAUGAAGACGACGAUGAUGAUGAGGAGGAUGACGACGACUACAAUGAUGAUGACGACGACGAUGAUUUUAUUCCUUCAGAUAUGAAGAGUGAAUCAAGUUCUGGAGAAGAAACCACCUCUACAUCACAAAAGCCGUUGUACUCUGUUGAAAGACCUUACCAAUGCACUGAAUGUGGCAAAUGUUUAAGCAACAAAUACAAUCUUGAUGUUCAUAAGACAACUCACACAGGAGAAAAACCAUACGAGUGUCCUCACUGUGAGAAGAGAUUUUCCUGUUCCUUCAAACAAAAGAAACACCUGCGUGUACACACCAACGAGAGACCGUAUCAGUGCAUUCACUGUGGAAAAACCUUUAGGUUUAAAGAAACUUUAAGGAAGCAUGAAAUAACACACUCUGAGAGAUCCCAUCAAUGCUCCUACUGUGAUAAACGUUUCUAUCAUAAAAUGGAUCUGAUAAUCCACGAGAGAACUCAUACUGGAGAGAGACCUUAUCUCUGCUGUGACUGUGGAAAGAGCUUCUCUAGUCCCACAGCCUUUAGUUUUCAUAAGCGAGUUCACACUGGAGAGAAACCUCAUCAAUGUAGUUUUUGUGGGAAGAGUUUUAGUAAAUGUAGUAAUUUAAAGACGCACCUAAGAAUUCAUACAGGUGAAAAACCUUACAAAUGCACCGAGUGUGGAGAGGGGUUUAAUCAAGCGGUUCUUCUGAGAAUCCAUCAGAGAGUUCAUACUGGAGAGAAACCUUACCGCUGCUCCAUCUGUGGAGAAAGAUUCGCUAAUGUAGGACCUUUUAAGACUCAUCAGAAGAAACAUGCUGAAGAACAAACAGACCAAUAACUUGUACAUAAAAAUUGUUACAAACACAGUUUGAGAUUUUGGUCCUUCUCUGGAUAGCUUAUUUAGAUUAAUAACACCCCAGAUUUAUAUAUCGGAAGAGUUGACCGAUCUGCUGUGAGUUUGAUCGGCUACACUAGAUGAUGUUAAUGCUGUACGUUCAAUAAAACACAUUGUGUUCACCCUAAA